GCGCUUUCUCGUGGGAGGCGCCAGGUGGGCGGGCGGAGAAGCCACGCCGGAGCCAUGCGAGGCGGCGCCUGGGCCAGCCUGAGGUGGCUGCGAGUGGGGCUGACGUCCGUGGCAGGACGAGGCAGCGGCAGAAGCGAGUUCUCCGCUAUGUCUUCACAGCUUCACUGGUUGACUACGGAAGAAAGGAACCAAGUUUUACAUGAGCUCAAAGCUUCAGGAUGGUCCGAGCUGACUGAAAGGGAUGCCAUAUACAAAGAAUUCAUCUUCAAAACUUUCAACCAGGCUUUUGGCUUUAUGACUCGUGUUGCUCUUCAGGCUGAGAAGAUGAAUCACCACCCUGAGUGGUUUAAUGUAUACAAUAAGGUCCAGAUAACGCUCAUUUCCCAUGACUGCGGUGGACUGACGAAGCGAGAUGUCAAGCUGGCUCAGUUUAUUGACAAAGCUGCUGCAUCUGUCUAACAAAUGAAUGCCGAAAUCAUCACAAAAUAGCAUUUCCUUCAAAAUAUUUUUCUUUGCAUUUUUAUGAAACGCUUGUUCAGUCUUCUCUCUCUCUCUCUCUUUUUGAAAAUUGAUCUAAAAUUUCUCCAUUGCUUCUGGGGCUGAAGAGUAAGUAAAGAGAGAUUACUUAGGCAUAUCCUCAUAUCCUGUAAUGGAGAAGACACAGAUCAACCUGAGAAUUGCAGCCCAAAUUUCUGAUAUUGCAUUGAAUGGUGAUAAGCAUUAUUUGUAACCACAGCUUUUGCUUGAUAACUGACCUGUAGUAACUUGCACAUCAAAGGCUGAGAGAUUAAAAGGCCCUUUGCAAUUUCUAUGGAAAUCCUGAUGCUUUUCAGGCUCACCCAUUUCACACUGUAGCUCCUCAUGACACCCCUCUCACCCCACCA